AUGCAUAUCGAAGUCGCAACACAACAUGACCUCGAGGUUGCGUCGCCUACAUCCAACACGGUAGCUUCCAGCUCGCCGCCGAGCGUGUUGAGUGUUGGUCAGUCAGCACCGAACACCACCACGCUGCAAGCUACUGCCAGCAAUGGUCAAUUCCCACCACCAAAGACCGACAAGCCGCGGCCACACCAAUGUACUACCUGCGGUCGCUCCUUUGCUCGCCUUGAACAUCUCAAACGACACGAACGAUCACACACGAAAGAAAAACCCUUUGAGUGUCCCGAGUGCACGCGGUGCUUCGCCCGUCGAGAUCUGCUCUUGCGCCAUCAACAGAAGUUGCACAUGACCGGAGGUCCUACGCGACCACGUGUAGGCCGGCGCGAAAGCGUCGCAGGGACGGCAAUUGGCAAUGCCGACCGCGUCCGCAAAAACUCGACUGCAAAUCUUGUGCUAGGAUCUGCAAACAUGGGUAUGAACACUGUCAGGCCGCGAGCAAACACUCUCGGCCAUCUCGAUCUCGUGCAUUUCGACCCUCAUCAUUUGCCGAUAAACCUUGCGAACGGCAUGCACAUGAAUGCAUUCCAGACCUCCAUGGACUUCGACUUUGGAGGCAUGCCACACCAGCUUCCCCACAACGGUAACUUCCAUGGCCUACCCAAGCUCAACACGCAGCUCCACCCAGGUGACAUGUCAAAUUCUUUGCGGACCGCACCGCCGACCACCAACUUUGGUGGCUUUGAAGCUGAUCACCUGUUCAACCCGCACCACACCAUCAACCCAGCCGCUCUGCACGCCGGCGAUGUUGUACCCGUGCCGUCAAAUAUGCCUUUCGGCUUUGACCCGAACCUCGCGCAGCACAUGCCGCCCGGUGACGACUUUUCAUGGAUGCGGGAUUGGAACAUGCAGCACAUGGCAGGUGGCCAUGAGAAUGAUCCCGAAGUUUUCGAGGAGUCGUCACCUUCGCGCAUCAGCAGCGGCGACAGUCCUGCUGAUUUCAACGACAGCUUGAACAACAGCCAUGCCAAUCUACCCAUCGACUUCCAAUGGCCACCGGCCGAAGGUCCGGCCCAGCCUCUAUUGUCACCAGGUGGUUUCGAUACGCUCGGCUCUGGCUUCUCUCACCUUGGCGUCAUGGGCGAGACCGUUUCGCCUUCACAUCUUCAUCAAUCCGCUAACGGCGAUGCCUACUUCCAGCAGCAUAUGAUGCAAGCAGCGGGUCAAACGCACCUCCACCCCAACAUGCAACCGCAGCAGCAGCAUAUGCAGCACAUGCAACAUCAGCAUCUGCAACAGCAGGCCCACGUGGACAAUAUGCAAAGUCAGUCCACAUCCGUCUUUGGACACCCGCUUUCCCAAUUUGAUUCCAACAGCCCUAGCAUGUCUGCCGCAUCAUUGAACGGAAGCGGAAUCGGCGCACGGAAGAGUUCCAUGACAACUCAUUCGGCCGAUUCUAUCACGGAGUCCACCCGACAAGCCCUACUCAACACCUUGUCGCAACCAUCCGUUUAUGGUGGGCAUAUGUAUCGCAAAUACUCUCAGCCCAGCGUCAGCUCCCCGCUCUCGGGCGGCGGUCGGCCAUCGGCGCAGUCGACGGGCCCUAAUCUCCCAAGCACAGCAGACAUUCGGCGAUACAUCGAUGCCUUCAUCCAAUACGCUCAUCCCCACUUGCCGGUUGUCCAUUAUGCGUCACUCUCGUUCGACUCCAUUGAAAACACCGUGGGACGAGCCACUUCACCCAGUGGUAACAUGGGCAAGGACCAUAACGUCGGAGGCGCUAAAUGUUUGAUUCUUAGCAUGGCCGCCAUCGGUGCGCUCUACGAGUACGAUCACCCAGCAUCAAAGGAGCUCUUCGACGCCGCCAAGAAGAUGAUUGCGCUCUAUCUCGAGGAGAAACGUAAGAACGAGAUGAGCUCCCGACACGGCCGCUCUGGAGCACAAGCAGCUCCAGAAGCACUGCCUCCACUUUGGCUCGUUCAAGCCAUCCUGCUCAAUGUCAUCUAUGGUCAUCAUUGUGGUGACAAGCUUGCUGCGGAGGUCGCCAGUCAACACAUCUCGUCCUUGAUCGGUCUCAUGCGUGCAGCCAAGGUCACUGAGUCAAUGAGUGCCGAUUUUGACAUCAGCGCUGAUAUGACCGGCUCUGGUGAGGAUGGUCACCCCCUCGCAAGACAUCCUACUCAGGAUGCCUACCUCCACGCCCAGUGGAUCAAUUGGAAGACUAAAGAAGAGCGAAAGCGCUGCUUCCUGGCGAUGUACUUCGUUUCCAGCCUGCUCUUGAUCGGAUACAACCAGACUCCAGCAAUCAUGAACUCGGAGAUCCACCUGUGUCUGCCUUGCGAAGAAGACCUCUACAACGCCGAGAGUGCGCAGGAGUGGCAUAAUCGAGGCGGUCUAGCUGCUGCUCAACAGCAGGAGAUUCCUUUCACAGACGCUCUGAACCACCUGCUUUCUGCUGGACAGCGAUCAGCAAACGGACAGCACACCGACGGGGAACUAAAGCCUAGCACAUACGGCUGCCUCAUACUCAUCUGCGCUCUUCACAAUGUCAUUUGGGAAACCCGGAAUCGUCAAGCCGACACCGACUGCACUGCACAGCAAAUGGAAGACAUGGUGAGCAACAUCGCACCCGCGCUGAAGGCAUGGCAAGCCGCUUGGAAAGCCAACGACCAUCACCGGAUUGAACGACCAAACCCCUUUGGUCUCGGUCCUCUGGCAGCUGACUGUAUUCCCCUUCUGGACCUCGCUUUCGUGCGGCUCUAUGUCGAUCUUGGUCCCACACAGGAGGCAUUCAGAGAACGCGACUUCGACAGGAUGGCCAACGAACUCGCCAGCCGAACGGAAGCCCUCCAUUUCCAAAACGAUUCGAAAUCGGAUGACGGCAACGACGCAAAAUACAAUCAGUCCAGCUCAAAUCAAAACCCGCAGUCUCCUGCAGACAACGCGUCCGCCCGCCGCGAGAAGCAUCUGCGAAGAGCAGCUUUCUACGCCGCGGACUCACUCACCGUCGCGUGCCAGUACAACCUCACGUAUGCCGACCAAGCUGCUCAUGAGCUGCCCAUCCAAUCUGCCGUUGGCUUCUUGGCCUGUGUUCAGGUUCUGUCGGAAUGGGUCUCGGCCGUGCAGGAGCGCGUGGGACCACAACUCGGCAUGCUCGGCCGUGAUGCCAUUGAUUUCUCUCAAAUGCCUGCUGUCGCGCUUCUUGAGGCCGAGGAUCUUGAACUCCUUCACAAGAUGGAUGACAUCUGUCAAAGACUCGAACAGAAGCGUCUCGCCCAAGAGAACCUGCUUGCUGUCGAGAUGAACAACUUCAACCCAUCAUCGACAGGCAUCAACCCAGGCCGCAAUAAGGUUGACCUGAGCGGUUACGGCUCCGCUGGCAAGCUGACUCGGGUCAUCGCUAUGAUGCUUGAGAAGGCUGUCAUUUGGCCGAUCACCCAUGUCAUUGCUCAAGCGCUGGAAGUCGAGGCGCAAUACCUCGACCGUCGGGCAGCAGCCUCUCUCACGGCCAACUGA